GAUCACGUGUAAAACACAUGAAAUCCUCAGGUGCGUUGUAAAACUUCCAAUUUACCCAAAUAUGUCAGAAAAAGCAUCAAUCGAUCUUGCCGGAGUCAAACAAAGUCGAGGCGUGGGCCUGUGGCUCGUAAAGGUUCCCAAGUAUUUGUCUCAACAAUGGGACAAAGCAUUGGAUAAUGGGGAAGUUGGCAAUCUCAGAAUUGGAAAGAAAGAAGGGAAAGAAGAGUUGUGUUUCAGGCUAAAUGAGGAACUGUGUACCCUGAGCUCUCGUGAGGUUGAAGUGAUGAAGAUCCCCAGAGACCAUCCCUUCACAAUGCCGCCAGUGGGGGGCCCAUCGCUCGCAGUCUACACCACGUCUGAAACAGGUGAAAUAAGCAUGGAGGGGAUGAUCGUCAAAAAGGCUGAAUGCAAGCCAGCAGCCCAGGGCUACAUGAAGCUCAAAAAACUGCAGCUCGAGGAGUCCACCAAACCACAGCGUCUGUCACAGCAGCUGGAGAAAGCCGUCACAAACAUCUAUAAGCCUGUGGCCAACCAUAUUGUCAAUGCGGAGUUCGAGAAGAAGAAACGGCAGGAGGGGAGAAUGGUCAGGGCAGAGCGACGGGUCGUGUUGGAUAUGCUCUUCUCAGCGUUUGAGAGACACCAGUAUUACAACAUUAAGGACCUAGUGGACAUCACUAAACAACCUGUGACUUACCUGAAAGAGAUAAUGAGAGAGAUUGGGGUAUACAACACCAAGGGAUUGCACAAGAGUACAUGGGAGCUGAAACCGGAGUACCGCCACUACCAGUCUACGGAGGUGGAGAGGGAUGAAGACUAGCCCGGAGAACCCAUUGCCCUUUCACACUGGAUACUUUCCUGGACCAGUGUCAACGGCAGAAAUAACAUUGCUUCUCACUUUGUUUUGAGUUACUUGAAUACUGCCAACUGUAUUACUUUAGAGAGCCAUUGCAAAUAAAAUGAUAUGGCUAUUCAUUACUACAUACAUUAAUUUAAUUCUCGAAUGUAGUUUUCCUAGUAAUGACAUUUGUCUAUGUAGAGCCCAGUACUUCCAAUUAGCGACGUUACCUUUACCCUACCAUAUUGUAGGAUCAGUUUGGUAGUCCCACAAAUCACUGAAUAUAUAUCGGGUCUGGGAAGGGCACGGAAAUCUGAUAACUGGGGGUGCCACUUUUGCCUCCAAUCGGGUGGCUAGGAUUGUUAGCUCCCUCACUUGUAACCAAAUAUUGCAGUUAGUCGCAAAGGCAACAUAUUAGAUGACCAUUUACAGCUAAGGCAGUCCAAAUUUGAAUAUCCCUGUUGGGAUAUAAUUCCAGGAAGGAAAUCAGUACAUAUAAUUUCAAUGUUGGAUAUGACAACCAAAGAAGCUUUGGCAGGGAUUGUUUCAUGUCCUUUAGAGGGAAUCUCAUGUGGCCAUAAGAUCACACAAUACUAGAAAUAUGUAACCACCGAACUGAAGCGGGCAAGGACCAAACCUGGUAUUAUUUUUCAUACUUCACCAGGGAAGUUUUGGGGUGAAGUGUUUAGUCAUUCCAAAACAGACGUUUCAAGGUUUUUAUUUAAAACCAGAAUCAUACUCAGUCAGGGAGAUGGUAAAUUGCAUGCCGUCAGACAAGGCAGACGGUGAUGAGGGUAAGCCAAUCAGCCCCACAGAAAACAUGAUGCAGAAUGGAAUAUUGGAAU